AUGGACAUUACAGUCCACGGAAUCUGGGAGACCCAAGUUCAGUGUGGAGGAUACAUGUCAUUUCAGUGGCCAUCUUCACAGAAGCACCCAGUGAUCAACAUCAUGCAGGAAAACUAUGACAAUGUGAUCUCACUGGCGGAGGAGAUUGCGAUCAGCUGGCCCCGGAUAACUGCAUUUGCUGAGUCCCACAGAAGGAGAGGACUGGUGUCUGAUAUAGAGUCCGAACAGGGCCAGGUGGAACAGGCCCCGAUGCAGGACUCAGCUGUGGCAGCUGGCCCGAGCGACAGUGGGAUGAACACCGACCUCCGCCGGCAGCUGGGCCUCAUCCUGCAGACGGCUGGCAGGAGCCAGGUGGAGAAGAUGCUCCGAGAGCUGGUGAAGGAGCAGAGCCAGGAGGGGAAGCGCAAAGCCCGGAAGAAGAUGCCCAAGAGCCCCAAGGAUGAAGCUGUUGAGCAGAAUGAAGAGGAGUUGCCUCUGGAGGGGACGGUGGAGCCGCCAUCUUCUCCAUCCAGGAGAUCUAACAGCCCAGAUGAGGGGGAAGCCAGUGGCAGUCAAUGCCAGCAGGACCCGAGGGAGCGCCCAGUGCAGCGUGGGCUGGCAAGGGAGGGAAGGGCUGCCAGGAAGCGAAAGGAAAACUGUGCAGCCCUGGAGGGAGUGGAGAUGCCUGGCGUCUGUGUGGAGUGCGGGAAGAAGAACUUGGAGGGCAGUGGGCGAGGCCACAGCAUCCCCACACCAGAGCGGCCGCACCAGUGCCCUGAGUGUGGGCGCUGCUUCCGGCAGCGCUCCAUCCUCGCGAAGCACCAAAAGAUCCACACCGGGGAGAAGCCCUACCUGUGCACGGCUUGCGGCAAGUGCUUCAACCGCAGCUCCAACCUGGCGCAGCACCAGCGCGUGCACACGGGCGAGCGGCCCUUCCCCUGCGCCUCCUGCGGCAAGGCCUUCACCCAGAAGUCGGACCUGGAGCGGCACCGGCGGGUGCACACCGGCGAGCGCCCCUACGCCUGCUCCGACUGCAGCAAGCGCUUCUCGCGCUCUGCACUUUCCAAGCACCGGAAGACGCACUCGGGGGAGCGCCCGUACCCGUGCAGCGCCUGCGGCAAGCGGUUCAGCCGCAGCUCCAACCUGGCCCAGCACCAGCGCAUCCACACCGGCGAGCGCCCCUUUCCCUGCGCGGACUGCGGCAAGCGGUUCAUCCAGCGCUCCGACCUGGAGCGGCACCAGCGCGUGCACACCGGCGAGCGCCCCUACACGUGCGCGCAGUGCGGCCGGGGCUUCUCCGUGAGCUCCCACCUGGACCGGCACCAGCGGGUCCACCAAGCCCAGGCGGCGGCGGCGGCCGCCCACCGCUGCCCCGAGCACGUGAAGGGCUUCCUCUUCAGCACCGGCGGCAAGCAGGUCCUCAAGCACCAGCUGUACGGCGGCAAGGGGCGCCUCACGCGCAGCGGCCACUGCCUGGACUGCGGCAAGAGCCUGAGCAAGGUCCCCGCGCCGCCCGCCGCGCCGCCCGCGGAGAAGCCCUUCAAGUGCGCCGACUGCGGGAAGGCCUUCGCCCAGCGCUCCGCCCUGGCCAAGCACCAGCGCAUCCACACGGGGGAGAAGCCCUUCUCCUGCACGGACUGCGGCAAGGCCUUCAUCCAGAAGUCGGACCUGACCAUCCACCGGCGCAUGCACACCGGGGAGAAGCCCUACCGCUGCGAGGCCUGCGGCAAGUGCUUCAGCGUCAGCUCCAACCUGCUGACCCACCAGCGCACCCACCUGGGCGAGAAGCCCUACGCCUGCGGCGAGUGCGGCAAGGCCUUCAUCCAGCGCUCCGAGCUCACCAUCCACCAGCGCACCCACACCGGUGAGAAGCCCUACAAAUGCGGCAUCUGCGGCAAAUGCUUCAGCCGCAGCUCCCACCUCAACCGCCACCAGCGCACCCACGGCAAGGACAAGGCCUCGGCUGGCCCCGGGGCAGCGCCUGCCGCCGCGCCCGCCAAGCCUGCGACUCCGCUGCCCUCCUCGGCCUUCUCGGCCUCCUUCGCGUGCUCUGGAUACAAGCAGCAGAUGAACAGUGGCGAUAGAGCCCCCUAA